ACAGUAUUCGGGGAUAAGCAAAGCGCUCCGGUCGUUGCGUAAUAUUUUUGGAGCUAUUAAUCGGUUGUGUCUACUAUCCGUGAUUUCAAGAGUGAAAUACAUAAAAAAUAUGAAAUUUAUGUAUACAGAAAAAUAAAACAUUGCAAAAAUACGGGAAAUCACGAAUUCAACAAAAUUAGGUUAAAACUAAAUAAAUUACCGAUUAUAAUUGGAAUAGUUAAUAUAACUUCAUCACAAUAUUAAACGUUUCGCUAGGCAUCGUUUCAGCCAGCGCCAGCGUCAAAGAAAAUUGCAUAUUUUCACCAUUUUAAAGGAAAAAGAUUCUCCUUACCAGGACGCAAGUGUGAGUUCUUCCUUUGGGUGUUUCGUGUUCAUUAUUUCUUUACUCUUGGUGUUCAAACGAGUACUGUUCGUUAGUUUCUUUGAAUUAAUGUCAAAUAUUUGCUUAUGUAUAAAUAAGUUUACAAAAACAAAACUAUACAUGAGUACAUAUUAUGUUCAGAUGUUAUAAUAUUUGUGGUUAUUAUUCUGCAGAAACUUAUGUUUCACAAAUGUGGUCUUCCUCUUCGAGCAAAUAGUAGUGAUUUAAUAACAGAAAGGAUCAACUCCCAAGAGAAUAAAAAAAAAGGAACGAUUGUUGAGAGGAAUUGGAAAAUCUGUGUUCCGAAUAAUUUAACUUGAUUUUGUUCUUUUUGUUUGUCAAGGAUAAUCGAAUUUAGUUUACACAGAACCACCAGAAACGAAAUUAUAUCGGUUCCGUUUUGUUAUGCAACGUUUUUUAAGCAGUGAAUAAUAGAUUGUGUAGUGUUGAUUGUUAAUCAUAGUUAAAUUAUUUAUUGAUUAAGUUUGUAUACUGUGUGGCAUCCCAUUGACAUAGUUAUCUUAAAUUAAUAUAUGUAUCUACUUACGAAGCAAGGGGUGUUACAUAGACAAACAGAUAAAAACUAAGAUGGUGAAAACAAUAUCCUUAUGAAAAACAAAAACGAUGAACAACAAUGGAAAUAUUGAACGCACAUAUGUCGACGAACUGCAGACGUACUAUGAGAAAUAGUUCCGUAAAAUGCUAUUGGAUCAAAACAAUGGCAGGGCAACAACACGUUUGCAUGUCAAACGACCAUAAAAACUACGUUAAUAUGGAAAUUGUAUGGGGUACCUAUGAAAAUAUAAAAAACAACUUUUGAACUCCUUUACAACGAGGAGGCUCCUGCACAAAACCACUAACCCAAAAGAACGAAUGUCUGUAGUAUACACAUGGGUCCAGCUGAAAGGAGUCUAUAUAAUUUGAUUUGAAAUAUUUGAUUCUAUUACCAAUCAAACGCCGACAACAUGGCUGAACAUCUACAAUCAACAAUUCACCCACAUCCUGGUGACGACGAAAUCAUCAAUGACUCACCUACAUCUCAACGACUGGGUCGUCAUCUCAGCAAAUCCGCAUCAGAACUGAAUGGACACGAUUGUUCCAUUGAUUCACCUAAUACGUCACCGAAACGUGCCAAAAGUGCUGCCAGUCCUUCGGUUGCUGGUGUAUUCCAAAAAACCCAUGGAUUUCUCAAUAGCUUAAAGCAUCGUUGGGGAAGAGCGCGUAGUAAAGAGAAAGUAGGACGUAGAUCACCUAACGAUCUGCUCGAACAGGAGAGCACAGAUUAUGCAGCCGACUACAGUUCAGAAGGAAGUUCUGCAACGCAUAGUCCCCGGCAUAGAGCACGAACCAUUGAAGGAUCACCGCUUGCUCGAGAGCUUAAGGCUAGUGCGAACAUAGCUGUAGAUAAUCGUUUACGGUUUGGUGGCUCCAUGGAGGGAAGAAUUGAUGAGGAUACUGAAAUGAGUGAUAAGAUAAGCCAGGAUCAACUUCAGGUACUGCAGAUGGAAGAGCAGCGGCGAAGGAAGGAAGCUGUACUACGGCAAUAUGUUUUCUUUCAACUUCGUGUUCAUUUAAAAAGCGGAAGUGACUUAGUCGCCAUGGACAAAAAUGGCCUAAGUGAUCCUUAUGUUAAGUUCAAAGUGGCAGGACGACUGUUACAUAAAUCCCGCACAAUUCACCGUGACCUUAAUCCAGUCUGGGACGAAGUAUUUGUCGUACCAAUUGAAGACCCAUUCCAACCUGUUGUCAUCAAGGUAUUCGAUUACGAUUGGGGCUUGCAGGAUGAUUUUAUGGGAGCGGCCAAAUUAGAUUUAACACAGCUAGAGUUAGGAAAAGCGGAAGAAAUGACUGUGAAACUGGUAGACUCCACUCGUCCCGAGCGAGAGAUGGGGGAAAUUCAAAUCAAUUUAACACUGUGGCCAAGAAGUCAAGAGGAUAAGGAAGUGCAUUUCCAGAGAAAUUCAAAACUAGCUGAGUCAUCAAAAAGAUUAAAGUCGCAAAUAUGGAGUUCGGUUGUAACUAUUCUGCUAGUCAAAGCAAAGGACUUACCAUUUUCAGAGGACGGAACCAAGUUAAACGACGCGCAUAUCAAAUUCAGGUUAGGUAAUGAAAAGUACAAAAGUAAAUCUUCAUGGACUGAACGAUGGCUAGAACAAUUUGAUCUUCAUCUUUUUGACGAAGAUCAACUAUUAGAACUCUCACUGUGGAAUCGAAAUAACCUCUAUGGAAAGUCAACAAUCGAUCUAAGUGCAUUUCCUCGCGAAACUACUCAUGGCAUCUGGAAGCCCUUCGAAGACUGCCCUGGAGAAGUAUUUUUAAUGCUAACUAUCAGUGGAACAACAGCGCUCGAAACAAUAAGUGAUCUUAAGGUUUACAAGGAAGACCCUAGAGAAGUUCGUGCUGUGCAUGAUAGGUAUUGUUGGCACCGAUGCUUUCAAAAUCUACGAGACGUUGGCCAUUUAACUGUGAAAGUGUUUGGGGCCACGGGGCUGGCCGCAGCCGAUAUUGGCGGAAAAUCAGAUCCUUUUUGUGUGCUUGAAUUGGGUAAUGCAAGGUUACAGACGCAAACUGAAUAUAAAACACUUACACCGAAUUGGAAUAAAAUCUUUACAUUCAAUGUGAAAGAUAUAACAAACGUGUUGGAAUUGACUGUAUUUGAUGAGGAUCGUGACCAUAGAGUGGAAUUUUUGGGCAAGCUUGCAAUUCCUCUAAUGCGCAUUAAGAGUGGCGUCAAGCGAUGGUACACCCUCAAGGACAAAAACCUUUGCUCUAGAGCAAAAGGCAUAUCACCCCAGAUUCUUCUUGAAAUGACAGUAGUAUGGAAUCCUGUCAGAGCAGUUUGUCGUAUCUUACAACCCAAAGAAGAAAAGCUUAUUCAACAAGAAGCUAAAUUCAAGCGGCAACUUUUUUUGCGAAAUGUUAACCGUCUCAAAGUAAUUAUUAUGGAUAUACUGGAUUUUGCAAGAUAUGUUCAAAGCUGCUUUGAAUGGGAGUCACCAAUACGUUCGAUUAUUGCAUUUAUCUUUUGGAUUUUAGCCUGCGUGUAUGGGAAUUUAGAGACCAUUCCAUUAGUGUUACUUCUUAUUAUGCUCAAAAAUUGGUUCAUUCGGUGGAUAACAGGCACAUCAUCUGAUUCAGCCAACAACUACGUUUAUGACUACGAUGAAGACGACGAUGAUGACAAGGAAAAAGAAGAAAAGAAAUCUAUCAAAGAAAGAUUACAAGCUAUCCAAGAAGUCUCACAGUCCGUUCAAAACACUAUUGGCUAUUUGGCAUCGUUAGGGGAAAGCACGAAAAACACUUUUAAUUUUUCCGUCCCUGAACUAACCUGGUUGGCUGCUGUUUUGCUUAUAGGCGCUAUUUUAGUUUUACAUUUUAUACCAAUACGAAUCAUUUUAUUUUUUUGGGGUGUAAUGAAGUUCUCUAGGCGAAUUCUGCGACCAAAUACUAUUCCAAAUAACGAAGUAUUGGACUUUUUAUCAAGAGUGCCGGAUGAUGAGGAAAUUAACCAAUUUCGUGAGCUACCACCAUGUUCCCAAAAUGAUGCAAUGCGGGCAAAUCAGAAAAAGAAAAUGAAAUCUUCAUAGUCCAAAAACAUGGAUAAACCAGUAGGCAGUUAUGAUUAUGAUAUGCCAACUGCUGUACCUCAAAAUGUUGUAAAUAUAUCUUCUCGUUCCAUUAAGACCGCUUCAUCGUACUUAAAAUCAGGGAAAAAUACUAUAAAAAAUGUCGCAAAAAAGAAAAUUAUAGGUGCUUUUAAAGGCGAAGACUUGGAAGUCAAAAAUUGGCAAAAUUGAAAAGGAAUGAAUAAGACCUAAGAAGAAAGAUGGAAAACUUAUGUGCAUCAAUGUUUCUUUUAUGACUUAAUGGCAAUUUAAAGUUAAAAAAUUGUAUUUGUUCCUUUAAUAGUUAAAAUAGCUACGACUGUAUUAAGGAGGGGUAAAGUUUUGAAACAAGUUGAAACUUUACGAGCUUUAAGUUAAGUUCAUUUCGAAAUCAAAACACAAUUAUUCUUACGCAUUUACUCGAUCGCACAUAGAAUGAAUAAUGCGUCUAUAUACAUACAUACGUCCAAACUAAUUAAUAGAUAUUACAGAAGGCUGUCAGCUUGAAAAUCAUGGAAAAAGUAUUUUUAGUAAGGUUAAUUAUUCUUAGUUUUAAGAAUUUUGUACCUUGAAAAUUUUAUCAGUUAACAAUUUUUUAAUAGUUAAGAAAUGCUUCAAACAUAUUUUGACACAAUCACACAACAAAUAGCUUAAAUAAAAACAUUGUUUUUUUUAUAUUUCUGUUGUGAAAAAUAUUUUCAGCUUCUCUUAUAAACUGCUACAUUUAAUACAGAUGAUGAAGUGUUGGAAUUAAAGAUGAAAGCCUUAAUUUUAUUACGAAUUACUCUUAUAAAUAUUACGUCCAGUAAAAAUGAAUUUCCCUGAUAAUGUUUUUCCUUAACGACAAUUAUGUUAUUAACAGAAAAUAAACUUUCAAUAAUUUUGGAAGUUAUUCCAUUGAAUUUUGUUACAGGGAAAUUUAUUAAAAAAAUUUGUGAUCUAUGAAAAUACUUUCAAGAGAAAAUGAUAUAAUAUAAUUUUAUGUGUAUAAAAACGUAUGGUUUAUUUCUAUUUUAAAAUUAAAUUUUGAAUCGUAUUAAAAAAAAAGAGGUUUUUAGAGUAAAAAUAAUUUUUUAAGUUACUAAACAUAUUCAAAGUCUUUUAUUAUUUAAUCAUACUUUGUGUAAAAAAUUUUCAUAAUUUUUAGAAGAGAAGUAUAUUAUGUAUUUUUUUUAAGAACUCUCACACAUCGGUUUGCACAGAUUGUUUUCUUAAACAAAUAUUAAUAUAAGUAUACUAUCUUUUUUUUCAUGAAGUUGGUACUAUGAAUCGCUAAAACUUUGAAAAUAUUUCUUAAAAUAAAAUUAAAUUUUGUCUCAAAAAAUAACACGCAAUUAUCAAUUAACGCAAUACAUUUAUUUUUUUAAAGUGCAUGCAAUAUUAUGAAGUUCCAUUAUCUAAAAAAAUUGUUUUAAUUUUAACUUACAAUAUUAAGUAGAUAUUCGAAAAAAAAAAAUGUCUGUGAAUACAAAAUCAAUUAAAUUACCUGCAUUUUAUUAUAAAUAUGUCUAACUACAUAAUUAUUGAACAAUUUUUAAAUAUAUGUAUCUUAAUAAACUCAAAUCUUUAAAAGAAAUAGUUGUUAAUCUUAAUACUCAACUCCACUCGAAAAUAUUUAUUUACACAAUCAAAAUGAUAUUUAACUAAAAUUAAAAACAUGAAAACUAAAUGUAUAUUUACAAACGCGCACAGUUAUGUUUUGAAUGUAAGUUUAUUUUAAAGUAAUUAAUUGCAAUAAUUGAAAAUAUAUUCCUAUAUUAUGUUUAGUGAAAAUUAUGUGAUAUUUUCUUUAAAAUUAAGUUUAUUAAAAAAAUGGUAAUUUUACAAGCUUAUAGCUUUGUAUUUGCAUUGAUUAAGGGAUACAGAUAAGAAAAUGAUAUAAAAUUGAUCCUUUUUAUUAAUUUAUGAAAAUUAUAGCUUCCAAAUUAAUACUUUUUAUCUUCCUCCAUGAGUUUUUCUUAAUAAUUCAUAAAUUUUCUGGAAAGUUAUUUAUAAAUUACGUUUAAAAAAAGCUUAUUAAAUCGUUUGAAAUACUUAAUAAUAUUAAGAAAUAGAAACUAGAAAAUCUCUUUUACCCACCUUACAGCAAACUAUAAAAUAUUUUAAUAAAUAUUUGCAUACCAUACAUACUUAACAGAAAUAUAAUUUUCGUAUUCCUAAUGCAGACACUUAUUUUCUUAGUAUAAUAUAAUAUUUUAAUGCUUUAGACUUUUAAAAUAAUUGCCUUCAAUUUUUUACAUAAAAAUUAGUUUAAAAAAAUGUUAAAUAAUCUUAAAAAAAAGAAACAAAAUCAAAUUUUUAAACGUACGAAAUACAAAUU